CCGCACUCAAGUAUUUUAUUUUAUUUUUUUUUGGUUUGAUCAUAAAGCCAUAAAGUUACUAAUCUGCAUUAGAAAUCAGAUAUAGAAUUGCUAUUCUUUGUGAUAUUGUUUUGGAACUUAGUAUAUUCAUCUUAGACAUUGAGAUAUAUUCAGAUACAAAUAUCUGAUCCAAAUAUUGAAUAGUCCCAUAGAUUCCGGAUAUUACUCCGCGAUUACAAAUUUGCUAUUCUAUAUCGGCCAACAAAGACUAUUUGUUUAAGAUUGGUUUAUCAUUAGAAUUAGACAUUACCAUAACAUUAUCUCUCCCAGACACAAGAAAGGAUAUAAGAAUAGGAAUCGAGGGCAGCAGUAGAAAAGAAGACGUUAGACAAUACAAUUUUACAAUCGAAAAGUUCCAUACAAACCCCACCAAACUACCCCAACCAAUUAGCUUCAUACAUUAUUAUGACCAAUAAGACUGAAAAGGAACACCAUCAUGGUAUAAGAAAUAUCUUUAGAAAGGAGGAAUCUCCUGGUGCUUCAUCUUCAGAGAGCUCCCAUACAGGUAUUUCAAAAUUCUUCCACCAUAAUAACUCUUCAAAGUCAGACACAGGGUCUGGUAAACUUUCGAGAAGUUCAAGUAUUCUUUCACUUAAAAAGAGUCAACCAGUCCACAAUUCCGGGGCAAGAACUCCGGAGCCUAAAAAACUCACCAAGGCAGAAACAAUAGCACAUCUACAACAUAUUUCACAUAAGAAUUCCAUUAGAGCUGCCGCUGCUAAUAACAACAAUUUACUGGGGGUUCGAGUUCCUUCACAUCAAGCACCACCCGCACACCACCAAGAAAAAAUUAAGUAUAACCCCUUUGGACUCAAUAAGAGUCCUUCUACUGAAACUCCAAGACAUACAAGUUUCUAUUUGGCUGGAACAAAUGAUGGCCAAAGAAUACUUGCCAAUCCAAUGGCUGACCCAAAUGAUUAUCUUCCGGAUGAUUUAAGACAAGGCCAUGUUAAUCUCUUGGAUGACUUUGAAUUUGAUUUAUCCAAUUCUAAAUUGGGAUUUGGAGGUUCUGCAGAAGUUAUGAUGGUGAAUGUUUCACAUCACAAGAAACAAAUAUAUGCCUUGAAGAAAUUUUCACUUUUAAGUAAAGAAACUGAUGAAGAUUUUUAUAAACGUGCUACCAAGGAGUUUAUUAUUUCCAAAAGAUUGUCCAAAUGUAGACAUAUUGUCGAUACAUUAUCGAUUGUGAGGAUUCAAUCUCAAACUAAUCUUACAAGAGGGUGGGGGUUUAUUUUAGAAUUUUGCAGUGGUGGUGAUUUAUUCAACAUUAUUGUCAAACCUGGUUGGAAAAGAACUUCAUUAAAUGAAAAAUUUUGUAUUUUUAAACAGAUUUCAUAUGGAUUAAAGUAUAUGCAUGAUAGUGGAAUUGUUCAUCGUGAUUUGAAGCCAGAAAACAUUCUUUUGGAUGCUAAUGGAGUUGCCAAGAUUUGUGAUUUUGGAAUCAGUGAUUAUGGUAAUGAAAUAGAAGGCGAUCUUACUUCUCCAGUUAAAAAGUCUCAUGCUUAUGUUGGAUCUCCUCCAUAUUCACCUCCAGAAGUUAUGAAAUUGAAAGAUUUAAGUCAUAGUGAGUUAAAGAAAUGGGAAUAUGAUCCUUACAAAAUGGACCAUUGGAGUCUUGGAAUGUUAUUGUUCUGUAUUGUUUAUUCCAGUGUCCCAUUUACCACAGCUAGUCCACUGGACCAUGGAUUCAGAGAUUAUAAAUUCAAUCAUGAACGAUUUUGUUCUUCACACCCAACUUUCAAGGGUAAUACGGAUUCAGGAAAGGGUCCUGGAUCUGAAUUCAAAUGGGCUUCACAAUUCCAAUCGACAGGAGCUUCCAGAGUUGCCUGGAAGUUAUGUGAUCCUUCAGUGACAAAUCGUUACACUUUGGACAACUUAUUCGAAGAUUCUUGGUUUAAUAGUCUUGAAAUGUGUGUAUAUGAACACCCUGAUCAAGAUGUCAAUCCAUUUGUAUUAUCACUGCAAUCGAAUGGUACAGGGUCUGGUUACUCAUCUGCGUCAAAUUCUCAAGCACCUUCGAGAAGAAACACUGUUACUUCACCUAGUGACAGUGAUGGGUUACAUACACCAAUCCGUAGUAUGUUAGAUUUACCAAAAGCUGGAGAUAUUCACCAACAUGAUGACCAACACGGUAAUCUUAACGACAAUGCAUCUAUUCAUUCCAGUUCAUCCUUAAGUCAUAUACCCUUGAGUCUUAAGAGAACUGAAAAAAACCGGUCUUUUGAUAGUAAAAAGUCUGUGGAUGCGCUCCUUCCUAAAGUCAAGUCUAUGCUUGAUUUCAAUAGUGGAGAUGAGGAUACUGAUAGAAAACUUAGUUCAAGUUCAGGAAAUUUACCUUGUGUCGCGGAAGACGCCGUCGUUACCAAUGAAGAAAUUGCCGAUGAUGGGAAGAUAACCGCCGAAUCAAGCCGAGAUGAAUCCAUUCCAGAAUGUGAAGUGGAGGAAUGUGCUCAUGUGGAUGAAGAUACAUCAACUAUUAACCCGACAAUUAAUACGAUACCGUUGGAAUUACAACCAAAGAAAUUAAAAUCUAGUACUGAUUUAACAUUUGAUUCUAGUGGAUGUUGUGAAUUAGGAUACAAGAUAAAAAAGCACCACCAUCUUGACACUGUCCCCACCGUUGCAGGGUCUUUAUCAAGACAUCGAUAAAUAGUAUAGAUAAAUAUAUAUAUGAAAAUAUCUAAAAAUUUCUACA